CUUCGAAGGAUUCGCUGGCGACGAACUGAUCGGUUUGGUGUUGUAAGCGACGCAAACAGCGACCAGCGGAGGCGAAGCAACGUUUGUAAACAUGGACAGCCCGAAGAAGCUCAAGAGAUACAGACGCGAAGAUCCAAAAUCUUCCAGUGAUGAAGAAGAGGAUUCAUACGAACCUUACAUCCCCGUUAAGGAAAGAAAGAAGCAGCGGAUGAAGCAGAUACUGAAGAUAUCUCAGGAUGAGGAUGCAAGUACAGACUCAUGGAAGGAAAGAGAGCAAAGAGAACAAGAGGAGGAUGUACAGGAACUGGCCAGAAAGAACAAUAUCUCCCUCUUGGACCAGCACACUGAACUCAAAAAAAUUGCUGAAGCUCGCAAAGAAUCAGAAUUGGAGAAACAACGUCGAGAAGAGAAACGUCUCUUGGAAGCUGUGGCUGAGAAAAGAGCUCUGAUGGGUGUGUCUGAGUUGGCGCGUGGUGUACAGUAUGAGGAUUCUGUAGUUACAGCUUGGAGACCCCCAAGGCGCAUAUUGGCCAUGGAUGAAAAAAGGCACGAAAGAGUGCGUAGGAAGUACAAAAUCUUAGUUGAAGGGGACGAGGUUCCUCCACCACUUAAAACUUUUGCCGAUAUGAAAUUUCCAAGAUGCAUCAUCAAAGCCUUACAGAAGCGAGGCAUUGAAAAACCGUCUCCCAUUCAGAUGCAGGGAAUCCCAGCAGCCCUUCAGGGACGUGACAUGAUUGGCAUCGCAUUCACAGGCAGUGGAAAGAGUAUGGUGUUCAUACUACCCAUUAUUAUGUUCUGUUUGGAGCAAGAGAAGAAGUUGCCUUUUAUGGGAAAUGAAGGGCCAUAUGGCCUCAUUAUUGUACCGUCUCGUGAGUUAGCCAAACAGAUUAAGGAUAACAUUGAGUUCAUUUCAAAGUUCGUUGAAGCAGAUGGUAUGCCAGAGUUAAGGACAUCUUUAGCUAUUGGAGGAGAGCCUGUUGCAGCCGCCAUGCAAGUCGUGCGAAAGGGUGUGCAUAUUAUGGUGAGCACUCCAGGACGCCUCAUAGACAUGCUUGACAAGAAAAUGGUUCGUCUUGAUGUUUGCAGAUACCUAGUAAUGGAUGAAGCUGACAGGAUGAUUGACAUGGGUUUUGAAGAGGACGUGCGUACUAUAUACUCGUAUUUCAAAGCACAGCGACAGACCUUGUUGUUCUCUGCUACUAUGCCUAAAAAGAUCCAGAACUUUGCCCGUUCUGCUCUCGUGAAGCCAGUCACAGUGAAUGUUGGUCGUGCUGGUGCAGCCUCAAUGAACGUUACCCAAGAAGUGGAGUACGUUAAGCAGGAAGCAAAGGUGACACACAUCCUGACAUGCUUGAACAAAACGUCUCCACCAGUACUCAUCUUUGCUGAAAAGAAGCAGGAUGUGGAUCUCAUUCAGGAGUAUUUGCUACUGAAGGGUGUGACGGCUGCCGCUAUCCAUGGCGGGAAGGACCAGGAGGAAAGAUCAGCAGCAGUCCAGGCUUUCCAGAGAGGUGACAAAGAUGUUUUAGUGGCAACAGAUGUGGCCUCAAAAGGUCUUGACUUCCCUGGCAUUCAGCAUGUCAUUAAUUAUGAUAUGCCAGAUGAUAUUGAAAAUUACGUCCAUCGUAUUGGGCGUACUGGACGAUCAGGCCAACAUGGUGUGGCUACAACCUUCAUCAAUAAGGCUAAUGAUGAAUCAGUGUUAUUAGAUCUCAAACACUUGCUUAUUGAAGCAAAGCAGAAGGUACCACCCUUCUUGCUUAUGCUUGGAGGUGGGGAGGAUGAUCUCAUGGCGGCAUUGGAGACCAACGAAGAGGAUGAGAGAGGAUGUUCAUACUGUGGUGGUUUGGGUCAUCGUAUCACAGCCUGUCCCCGACUGGAGGCCAUGCAGAACAAGCAAGCAGCAGGCAUUGGACGAAAAGAUUAUUUGGCUGCUAAUGCUGCUGAUUACUAAACUCAUACAUAUGCAUAUAAUAUCUCUGUAUGGAUGUGCAAGUACUGCAUUAUUAAUGUUUGUAAAGGAAAUAUAUUUUAGAAUGUGUGUAUAUGAAAUGGUAUGAUUGUUCAUAGGAAAUAUGUGUAGUAUUUUUUCCUAUGUAAAAAAUCUAAUUUCAAUAAGUCAGCACUUGUAUUUAUUUCUAUUGAUAAUGUAUAAUCAAUGGAUGAGAAGGAUUAUCUUCCCCGCAGUAUUUUAUGUCACUGAAAUGUACAUAAUAUUGUAAUUUUUUCUUUCUCACUAAUUAUGUUCAUGGUGGACAUAAGUGUAGUUGAUAUUCAGGAGUUUUAUGAUUGAAGAUUUUCUUCUGCUGUAUUUUAGGAAUCUAGAAGAAAUUUGUAUCACUGAAUGUUACAAUUGUAUAACAUAGUGUCGGUUAUGUAGAAGAAUAGGUAUACUUAAAUGAAUGAGGAAUAUUAUAAUGUUAUUAUUUUAUUAACUGUUUAUAUUUUUUCAUUGAUUUAUAGCCCUAGCAAAUAAAAGCAAUUAUUUGGA